UUCAUCUCGUGAACAAUCUACACCGCCGAGACCCAAUUUCACCGAAAUGGCCCGUACCAAGCAGACCGCUCGCAAGUCCACCGGAGGCAAGGCCCCGCGGAAGCAGUUGGCCACCAAGGCCGCCCGUAAGAGUGCCCCCUCGACGGGUGGCGUCAAGAAGCCCCACCGUUACCGGCCCGGAACGGUCGCUCUCCGUGAGAUCCGUCGCUACCAGAAGUCGACCGAGUUGCUGAUCCGCAAGUUGCCGUUCCAGCGGUUGGUUCGUGAGAUUGCGCAGGACUUCAAGACGGAUUUGCGCUUCCAAAGUGCGGCGGUGGCCGCCUUGCAGGAAGCUAGUGAGGCUUAUCUGGUGGGGCUAUUUGAGGACACUAAUUUGUGUGCGAUCCACGCGAAGCGUGUGACGAUCAUGCCCAAGGAUAUCCAGCUGGCGAGACGGAUUCGUGGAGAGCGAGCUUAA